AGUUUUCAUCACCCUCCAACAGAGGCGCCUCAUCCACCCCGAAAAAAAUAGACGUGAUUUUAGUCGUUCUAUUGUGGCACCUGCUUGGCGGAGGGUGGACACCCAUAUUUUUUCCAAGCAUAUUUUUAAUUUUGUUGAAGCAUUAAUAAAGCGAUCAUGAACAGUGCAACCGUCUCAGGUUCUUAUCCAACUACCCUGCCGCCAAUAGCACAUUUGUCUAACGAUGAGAUCUCACACAUCAACCCUAAUAACACACUUGAGGGCAGUGAAUAUCCUGAUGAUCCUCAUUACAACAACCAAAACCUUUUGGUAUCAGUGCCAAUCAACACGUCCCAUGGUCAGAUUGCAACACUAGUCACAAUAAACCACUUUCCGCAAUUAAAUCAAGAGAUUCAAAUGCCUCAAAUGUGCCAAGUACAAAAAGGACCUUGUUUCAAUCAACAAGCACAUAUGCCUACCUUGUGGCCAACAAGUAGUGCUCUCACCACUGGUUCCGAUGUUGCAGAUAUUAACAACGCAUUGCGGCCACCUGGCUCCACAUUACCAAUUGGUUUGCACCACCUUCUGAAAUAUUCUGCGCCACUGGAAAAUGCAACUGUUAAAAAAAUUCACCAGCCGGAAAAAAUUUGUACAAAUCAGGUCAAGAAAAGAAAAAAGAAAAGAGUGGCCACUAAAGACGCAAUAGAGUGUACCAAACCAGGAGAGAUCAGAGUAACGACCGCUCUUGAUGGAACUAGACUAUUCUGCUGUCCGGAGUGCCAAAUGGGUUACCACGAAAGGGAGUUGCUGGAGCAGCACCUGUCAGGUCACAAGUUGGAGCGGCGCUUUAUGUGCGACAUCUGCGGUGCUGCGCUAAAGCGUAAGGACCACCUGACAAGGCAUAAACAGAGCCACAACCCUGAGCGUCCUUUUGUUUGCACAAUUUGCAGCAAAGCUUUCAAGCGAAAGGAGCAACUAACACUGCACUUUGUCAUACAUUCAGGCGAAAAACGGCACAUUUGUCCGGAGUGCAAUAAAGGCUUUUAUCGGAAAGACCAUUUAAGAAAGCACACAAGAAGUCAUAUUUCGAGAAGGGUCAAAGCUGAAGUUUCUAGACAGUUAGGAAAUAACAACGUCCCAUAGUAAGCAGCAUUUUCAAAAGCUUUCACAGUAAUUUAAGAAUCAUAAGAAUUGCAUGACGUUUUUGUUACGUUUUUACUAUACACAUGAUUUUUGGUUGUGCGGAAUAUUUAAAAGUAUUUUUUUUAAUAUACCUAUCAUUAUUUAUAAAAAAGUUGAUUCAUUUUAAAUAUUAAAACAUCCAAGGCUGAAGGUACUCAUGAUGAAAAAAGAUGUAUAAACACUAUGAAUUUAUGGUCCUCCAGUCUUAUUGAACGGGACAACAUAAUUAUAUAAAUUACCAAAGCAAGUGCCAUGUAAUAAGAUGUAACAAUAUAUUUUGGAGUUUGGAGCCUUCUAGAGAGUGAUGAUAAUAAAAUAAUGCUGUUCAACAUUAGAUGCAAAGCAAUUAUUUUGAAGCAGUGUGUAGUUUUGUAUGGAUAUACAAAAAUCUAUAUAAAUUUAGGCAACUAAAAUAAGCAAAAUUGCAAAAAAAUUAUUUGUGUGCAUGUGUAGCGUAGCACAAGAAGAAACUUUUUGGCGUAGCUGAAAGUUGCACUUCAAUAUUUAUUGUUAUGGACUAAAAGUCUGUAACUGUUUAAAUCAGUCAAAUAAAAUAAAUUGAUACAAUUUUCUUAGUUGUGAAAAUAUUCCCGAGUGAAAUGCCCAUCUUUGUUGGAUUAGUCGUUCCGACUGCUUCAAAAGCGUAUGGCAAUACUUUAUUAAUGUACAUUCACAAAAUAUCUACAAAUAGAAAAGUUUUUGGACACAACCAAAUGACUGUGAGAAUACAAAUGAGUGGGGGAUCAAUUGUCGAUCGUAAGUCACACUGGAGCCGACAAUAACGAGAGCGUGGCACCUUCGAGGUUGACAUUCUGCAGAGUGGAGCCCAUGGAUACCAUGGCUGCCAGUGAGGCCACCGUUGCCUGGUUCGGUGUCGGUGGACUCUGUUCGGUCUUGACUCUUUUGGCCACGUGAGAACGCAGGUGCUUCCGGAGGUGGUCUUUUCGGUAGAAGGAUUUCCCGCACUCGGGGCACACCUGAGACUUCUCUCCAGAAUGAAUUAUUGAAUGUCGAGCAAGGUGCUCAUUUCUUUUGAAUCCCUAGAAAAAUAAUAAAUAUUAUGUUAAAAUUGUAUGUUUUAAAUUUUUGUCUUUAUUAUUUGCACUUCACCUUCAUGCAAACGGCACACACGUAAGGCCUGUCUGGGUUGUGUCCCUGUUUGUGCCUGUCCAGAUGAUCCUUGCAGUAAAAGCCUUUCCCACACUCAGGGCAUAUGUGCGUUUUUUCUCCAGAGUGCAUGACAAAAUGCAGAUUAAGGUGCUCUUUGCGUUUGAAGGCCUUCAUACAAAUAUUGCAGACAUACGGUCUGUCCGCGUUGUGGCUUUGCUUGUGCCUUGUUAGGUGGUCCUUUCUCUUAAGGCCAGCGCCACAAAUGUCACAGACAAACUUUCGGUCCAGCUUAUGGGAUUGGAUGUGCCUCUCCAGCAGUUCUUUCUCUGGAUAGGCCAAUUGGCACUCUGGACAGCAGAAAAGGGUUGACCCGUCCAAGGCAGUGGUCAGGCGAAUUUCGAAGCUUUUGCUUUUUUCCACCUUCGGCCGGAACUGUUGCUGCUGCUUGACCUGCACCUUGCUCUUGGCACUGCCUUUUUUCUUGACGGAUCCUUGCUGGUUUAA